GAAACAUGGCAAGUACCACUCAAUCGACUUGGAAAUAUGUUUCAUCUCGUACGUGCCACAUUCACAUCAUUGUCAUAAUGAUAUUUGGUGAUUAAAAAUAGUAGUGCCCACAGGACAAGAGCACAUUGUGCGACCUAGAAGGAACAAUAACUCUGCUAUAGGCCACCGGGUCACAACUUAUGGUCCCAGCCACAAUUGAUGAGGAAAGUAUUAAAGGCAGGCUCCUUCUCACCAGCUUAGCAUCUUACUCUUCUGUCAUGGAGCCUCCUAUCCGCUCUCACUCUGGCAACCUUCCUAUGGAGCUUCUCAUUCCCAUCCUCGAAGAUGCAGCCCAGCUGACGUUUUUCCCAGGGGAGAAACAUGUCGAUAAAAAUUUCUAUUCGACAGCCGUCUCCCUAUGUCGUGUCUCUCGACUUUUCAGACGCAUCAUCCUCCCCAAAAUGCUGCACACGGUAUUUCUCCGAGGUCAUGGAGUGAAAAAGUUCGCAAAUGCUCUGCUUAUGCAGAAAGCGUACGCUGAGAAAGAAAGCGACCUUUACUUGGACUAUACCUCUGCUAUAAAGAGGAUGUGGAUCAGUCACCACUGGCCAAGCCUCUCCGUGUCUGAGCUCAAGCUGAGCUUGAGCAUACUGCAUCCGGUCAUCCUUGCUGUACCAGUACUUGCAAUUGACUCUGAGCAUUUGAAGCUUCUUGUUCAGAUCGUGGAAGAUGCGUGGACCACUCAUGAAGAUCUCAAUAUCGACCACGAAUACCACCCUUUUCCUGGAAAAACUCAGAAUCUGACGAUAAUGAGUUCCAACGGCUCUUGGUCUCCCUUCAACUAUGAUCAAAAACCAUCCAUUUUCCUCGCAUCAAUCCCCCGUCUCACAUGCCUGCCCGCUUUAGAGGUGUCUUCAGAUCUUUUUCGUGACAUCAGCAGGGGCUUAAGAUCCACCGGAUCCUCGCUGCAGUAUUGGAUGGACAAGAUUGCGUGGGCUCAGAUGACGAACCUUCAAACCUUUUCAGUGGUCUAUCCGCAUCUCGGUCCCCAAUUCAGCAUGCGUUCAUACAUCGAUCCUAGCAGGGGACUAGACCUGCAUGUGGAGCGGCUCAAUGUGUCUGCUCCCCUGUACAAGCAGGACCCUCAAUCCUUCCCGUGGGGAACACCGCCGUUUUCUAUGACCAAUCCUGGAGAGAAGAACAUUCGAACGAAUGGUCUUUCCUUCGAGGUCACACGUAAGCAGACACACUUCUGCCGAUUGGAUUUCUCGUGGGAGAACGCUUGGGCCUGCGGAUUAACUGACGAUGAGGGGUACAAAGAGAGUGUGGAUGUUAAUAUGACAUGAUACCAUAGUGCCUGUUCGCAAUCAGUUUUCCCUCUUACUGUACAAUUACUAUAGACUUUUCAUACCCGGACACUUACUGUACACUUCUCAUACCCAAUGCCUAGGACGCAAACUCUAUCAUAUAUGAGUCAUAAGCUAGAUCACCGAAUCUCAAGUUUGCAAGUUGUGUACAUAGCGAUAAAACACUC